UCUGGAUAUCAGAUGUUGCAAGUAAUGAGAUUUGCUGUUGAGGAGAUUAAUAAUUCCACAACUCUUUUGCCCAAUGUUUCUCUGGGCUAUGAAAUUUUUGACCACUGUUCUAAUAUAAAGAAUUUAAAUACAGUCUUAAAUUUAAUCUCCAAGAAUGGCUCAAUAAAACCUAAAGAAAAACUCAACAACUAUCAGCCUAAAGUGAUUGCUUUAACGGGACCAUAUGGAAGCUCAAAAACUAUUACCAUUGCACCAUUGAUCACAGUGGACCUUAUACCAAUGGUGAACUAUGGAGCUACUAGCUAUGCAUUAAGCAAUAAACUUCAGUAUCCUUCUUUUGUGAGAACAAUUCCUAGCAACAAAGACCUGAUAGAGAUGAUUAUUCACAUCAUACGGUGGUUCGGAUGGAACUGGGUUGCCUUUCUUGGUAGCCAAGAUGAUUACAGUACAGAUGGACUAAAGCUGUUUAACAAGUAUAUAAACAAUACUGGCAUUUGUUUGGCCUAUCAAGAGGGUCUAAGUCUAAAUGCAAACUACAGUCUAACACUUAAAAAGAUUGAUAAGCUCAAAAUCAAUGUCAUUGUUGUUUUUGCUUUGCCACAAUAUGCAAGCAAAAUUAUUAAAGCAGCCAUAGCAAACAACAUCCAAGACAAAGUAUGGAUUGCAAGUCAAGCAUGGGCUAUGAAUCAGCAGGUUCCAAGACAGCCAGGAAUCAGGAAAAUUGGCACAAUCAUUGGCAUUACGGAGAGACUGUUGUCAUUGCCUGGAUUUAAUGAAUUUGUCUAUAAAGUCAACGGAAUAACUGAUGUUGGCUAUAAUGAUAGAGCUGAGACUGGCAUCCUGGGGAUGAGAAAGACAUGUAAUCAAGAUUGUGAUUACUGCUCAUUGUUGACUGCAGAGGAGAUCAUAAAUGAAAAUCCCACAUUCUCCUUUGCCAUCUAUUCUGCCAUUUAUACCAUAGCUCAUGCGUUACAUAAGGUUCUGCAGUGCGACAUGAAUGAAUGCCACAAAAACACAAUGGCCAAGCCAUACAUGCUUCUUAAAGAGAUAAGGAAGUUGGAUUUUCCACUCAAUGGCCGUCAGGUGAAAUACAAUGACAAUUAUGAUCCAACGAUCAGUUAUGCAGUUGUGCUCUGGCGCACUGAUGUGAAUCCUCCACAGUUUGAGAUGGUUGGCACAUAUGAUACUCAUCCUGAAAUUACUUUUAGUAUCGACAACUCUCUCAUGCCAUGGCAUAACAAUGGUUCUGUUCCAUUCUCAAACUGCUCUGUUGAGUGUAAGGCAGGAUAUUCAAGGCGAACUGAAGGUUUUCAUAGUUGCUGUUUUUCCUGUAAAAAAUGCCCACCUAACAACUAUGUGGAUUUUUCUCGUAAGUACCUUAAGCAGAGGUUAAUGACAUAUAAUAACUUAAGAUAAAAGAUAGUCUACCUAAAAAUGAAAACUGUCAUCAUGUACUUCCCCUCAUGUGAUUCCUAACCCAUAAGCAU